ACUCUCUUAAUCCAGGCUUCUCUUCAGCAAGCUUCACCCCCCAGGGUUGUGAGACUUCGUGUUGGGUUGGAGAUGGCUGACUCCGGCCCGGCCCGACGGGCGGACCCUGACGCCGCUGACGGCCGGACAUCGAGCCCGCUGACCGGGAAGAAGAGGGCGCAGCAGUCCCCCGGGCUCCGGCCCAAGUACCAAAGCUCUGCUCCGGGACACUGCUUCAGGAUCACCCUGACCAAGCCGACCUUCUGCCACAGCUGCAGCGACUUCAUCUGGGGAAUCGUCGGCUUCUUGUGUGAAGUUUGUAACUUAAUGUGUCAUGAGAAAUGCCUGAAGACGCUUCGGACCGUUUGUUCCUGCAUGACGCCGUCCUCCAUCCAGGUUCCUGUCGCUCACUGCUUCGGUCCCGCCGGUCCAAAGAAACGUUUCUGCUGCGUCUGCAGGAAACCGACGGAGGGAAACUCGGCGCUGCGCUGUGAAGUUUGUGAGCUCCACGUCCACGCUGACUGCUCCGCCUUCACCUGUGCCGACUGUCGCUGUUCUCACCUGGACGGGACUCUGGAGCUCCAGGAUACGUUCCACCACCACUGGAGGGAGGGGAACCUGGCGUCGGCGUCCAGAUGUGAGGUUUGUCGGCGUUCCUGCGGUUCGUCCGACGUCCUGGCAGGCAUGAGGUGUGAAUGGUGCGGCAUUACGAGUCAUGCCGCCUGUUACCUCAGCGUGCCACCAGAGUGCACUCUGGGUCGUCUGCGCUGCAUGGUGCUGCAUCCGAGCUGCAUCCGACUCCACUCCAGAAACUUCAGCAAGAUGCACAAUUAUAGAAUCACAGAGAGCUGCAACCAGGACCUGGAAAACUCCGACGACGUCGAUUCUUCGGCUGCAGCUUCUAAAGAAAACCCGUCGACGGCUGCAGACUCAGGUAAACAGUUUGUGAAGGUGUUCGACGGCGACGAUGCCGUCAAACGAGGUUUUUUCCGACUGGUCUCCGUCUGUCGCUCCACCAGGAACGAGGAAGUCGUGGAGGCGUCGCUGCGCUGCUUCUUUCUGCCCGGCGACCCGGAGGACUUCCAGCUGCAGGAGGUCCGCGGGACGCAGCGUCUCCAUGGCGACGACAUCCUGAACCGGAACGGCGGCUCGCUGAAGGACGGAGGAGACGCCUGGAUGCUGAGGAGCAAACCCAGAGACGACGACGUCAUCCAGGUGUUCGCCGGCUGGGCCAGGUCGACGUCUGCGUUUGUGUCCAUCUCAGGAAGCAGCACGGCAGCUUCAGUCGUCUCUGAGGUCCUCAAACACCUGAACAGACAGGAUGAAGAUGCGUCAAACUUCAGUCUGCUGGAGGUUCUCAUGAGCAGCAAACAGGUUCAGAGACAAACUCUGACGCCUCACGAGAAGAUUGUGGACAAACUGCAGGAGAUCAGGAAGGUGUCUCUGCGGCAGAUGAACCAGACCAGGUUCUACGUGGUUCAGAACCGGAACCGGACGGUGCAGGUCGGCCUGCUGGUCGGAGGACUGCCCCCCCUGCUGGCCAAAGAGGAGUACGUCCAGCUGAUUCAGGAGAACCUCGACAUCAAGAGUCACCUGGUUUCCGUCAGCCACGUCUACGGCAGUCAAGGAGCCGCGGCGCUGCAGAUCUCCUGCUUCUCCGAGGCAGAGAGGAUCUACAUGCUGGCUAAAGACACGUCCGUCAGCGACAAGCCGCUGAGCUCGCUGGUGGUCCCGGAGAUCCUGUGCGACCGGCUGGGAGCCGACGUUUGUCCACUGCUGGUGUUCGUCAACCCGAAGAGCGGCGGCCUGAAGGGCAGAGAGCUCCUCUACAGCUUCAGGAAGAUCCUCAACCCUCACCAGGUCUUUGACAUUUCUAACGGAGGGCCGCUGGCUGGCCUCCACACCUUCAGGGAGGUUCCUCGGUUCCGGGUUCUGGUCUGCGGCGGCGACGCGGUCGGCUGGGUUCUGGGAGUCCUGGAGGCCGUCAGACACAAGCUGGCGUGUCGGGAGCCGCCGAUCGGCAUCGUCCCGCUGGGAACAGGUAACGACCUGGCUCGUAUCCUGCGAUGGGGAACCGGCUACAGCGGAGAGGAUCCUCACCACAUCCUGGUGUCCGUGGACGAGGCCGACGAGGUUCUGAUGGACCGCUGGACCAUCCUGCUGGACGCUCAGGACAUCUCUGAGGACGGGAAGGACAACGGAUUCCUGGAGCCGCCCAAGAUCGUCCAGAUGAACAACUACUUCGGUAUCGGCAUCGACGCAGAGCUCAGCCUCGACUUCCACCUCGCCCGAGAGGACGAACCUGACAAAUUCACCAGCAGGUUCCACAACAAAGGUGUUUAUGUGAAGGUCGGCCUGCAGAAGAUCAGCCACACCAGGAGUCUGCACAAGGAGCUGCAGCUUCAGGUGGACGCUCAGAACGUUCCUUUACCCAACAUAGAGGGGCUGAUCUUCCUCAACAUCCCCAGUUGGGGUGCCGGUGCAGAUCUCUGGGCAGAGGUCGACGGUCGCUUUGGGAAGCCGAGCAUCGAUGACGGGCUGCUGGAGGUGGUCGGGGUCACCGGGGUCGUCCACAUGGGUCAGGUGCAGAGCGGCCUGCGCUCAGGGAUUCGUAUUGCAGGGAACUACAUCAGGCUGACGGUAAGCAAACCCAUACCUGUGCAGGUGGACGGGGAGCCGUGGAUCCAGCCGCCGGCUCACAUCAUCAUCUCUGCUGCUGGACCCAAGGUUCGGAUGCUGAGGAAGUCCAAGCAGAAGCAGAAGAAGUCCUCGGCCAACAUGAGGGACGGACGCUCAGAGAGUCCUUCUUCCAGAGACGGAGGACACUGACCGCCUCACAGCAUCCGUGUCCUGCCUUUACCUGCUUCCUGCUGCACCUGGGAGGCCACUUUGGUGGCAGCAGCCAGCUGUGAAUUCACUCAUGUAGCUUUGUAGCGACGCUAACGGGCCACAGACUGGACUAUGAGGUUUCCCUUUUAGCAGUGGGAGGGAGUCUUGGAUCAACACAAGCCGGGUUUGCAUUUCAUUCCUGCUCUCCAAGCGCUCAACAGUUACAGAAAUCUCAAUAACCGAGGUUAAUAUUCCACUCCUAACACAUACUUUUAUACCUCCAACAUUAACAAGUACUUCAUCCAUUCACAGCAGCUUCGUCUGCAGAGAUUGGGAAGAUUUAAUGUUGAGUUUUACAGUUUCUCAGUAUGAAUAAGCUUUGAGCUGGAAAAAACCCAGAGAAGUAUUUAACGGAGGUUGUUAAAUUUCUGUCCAGAUGUGACUGUAGAUGUGCCGUAAGUAGCAGUAACUCAGUGUCACCUGGUGUGUUCUUAGAACUUUAGAUGUGAAAAUUCAUGUGCAACUAUAGAAUGAUUAUGACCUCAGUGUCGGUCACCAGAAAAUAUGAAGAAACUAAACGGUGAAGCUCUUCUGAUGAACUGAUGGGCAGUUUGUAAAGAAGCUGCUGAUGUUUAUCUGAACCAGAGAUCUCCUGGGAACUGCCUUCUUCUUCUUCUUCUUCUUCUUCUUCUCGUGUGAAAUCCUUUGGCCACGUCGGUUUCACAAACAUCAGAAGACAUCAGUCGCGUUGCGUUGAAGCUCCCUGGAGCUAAUGAGCGAACAAACUCAAACAAGGUGCCUCUGUUCGUGUGAAACCACAGUGACCGCUGAAAGUCAGAUCAGUCUGAGCUGAGUGACUGAAGGCUGGAGCACAGUUUGUUUUUCUACACAGCCCGCUGUAUUCGGUGUCUGCAGAGCUUAAAGCAGGCUCCACUUUAGCAUUUUAAUCCUGUUUCAUCAACCAAUUUUACAUUUUCUUUUUAUCUUGCAAUAACAUUAACAACUGAAAAAGUAAAUUUAUUCUGUUCUAGUUUUAUAAUAUAAACUACAAAAACUAGAAAAUAAAGAAAGAGAAGCUGCAAAUUAUUUAGGAAUAAUGUGUCAAAACUGACCAAAUUAGCAUUUAAUAAUGAUGUUUCAAUCGGCACAAAGAGAGCAAUUUACUAAAAUCAUGAAAUAUUCAGUACAUAUACAAUUUUCAGGAUUUUUUUCAACAUAAUCUGCCUGUUAAUAUCUGAAAUAAAGAGAUGAACUUGCCCCGAAUGGACAUUUCAGCCCAAACUUCUCAUAAGAAGUGCAGGAUAAUAGGUAAAUAUACGGAAACAGAUGAUACUUCCUUAAUUUUUAAGGUUAAAAUCUCCUUUUUAAUGACAAAUUGUGCUUCAGCUUCACACUGUUUUCAGUUAUUUUUCACAGCUGGGACAUUUGACUUUUUCUGCCUUCUCUAACAGCAGUUAUCUGCUGUUGUUAUUGAAUAAGUGCAUUUUAUUAGUACUAGUUAAUGAAGGCGUUCUUGCAAGGAGAAGCUAAGAGGAAUCAGUAAUAAUGGAGGCUGUAAUACUGUAAAUACUGGAUUUAAGAGCUGAAGCUAACUGCUAGUAGCUCCUGAAGAACACACCGAGGCUCGUUAGAAAUAAUCUGAACUAUUUCUCCAAACACUGAAACUUCUCACGACAUUGUUAACUCUACAAGCUUUAUAGCUGAUUUUCAGCUAGCGUGCUAACGUGUAAAAACAACUCUUAAUUGCUAAAUAUGAAUUCAAAUUGGAAAAAAUGCAUAAAUUAUGGUGUUCAUUUUACUGAAAUAGGGGAACAAAAUGUGUUACUUGAAACUAGCUACAUUACUAGCUCAGCUGAAGUAGCAAUAGCUUGACAUGCUAAUUAGCUAGCUUACUAGAAAGCUCUGCAGCCAAGGGGUUUACAUUUUCUUUCAGUUAUUCAUUGCUACAAAAAUCACAACAUGCUACUGCAGUUGUGUCGAUGUGCUAACAGGUAACAGCUGAAACAUAAAGCUAGAAACCUAGCUCAGUGAUAGCUUUGUGAGCUGGAUGCUAAGUUUACCAAAACUACAUUUUAAAAGAAGAAAUAUGAUAAUGUGUUCUUGGGUUGGUUCUUGUCACUGUCAGAUGUAAUUACAGAUAGCACCAGGUACUAAACUAGCAAUAUUAUUAGCUUGGCAAGCUAGUUAGCUAGUAUAAUAUCAAGCUGAACUGAGCAAAUAAAACUUACUUUGUAUUGUAAUAGGGUUUAAAUGUUCAGUUACUACUUUAGUUGAUAAUUCCGACAAAAAUCAGAGGUUCUUACUGCAGUUGUGUCACUGUGAUCACAGGCAACAAUGGAAACAUAAAGCUAGAAAACUAGCUUAGUACGAGCUUGGUGAACAGAAAUUGAAACUAAAAAUAUUAAUUUUAGUUAAAGAAUUGGAUGGUAUAAACUUACAAAUGUGGCCCAGUGAGACUGCUUUAGCAUGUAGCACCAGAUACUAGCUAGAAAGCUAACUACAUCACUAGCUCAUGCUAAACAGAAUUACCAACAUUACUAGCUUCACAAGCCAGGUAGCUAGUUGAAAAGAACGCUAAAGUAACUAAAUUAAAAGAAAGCUUUCUUUUUCUUUUUAGAUCACAAAUUUUAAAAAUAUAUGCAAUCCAAGUAAAUCAGUUUACUCACAAACUGCAUUGUUGUCAUUAUGGCACUGUGAUUACACACAUCAAACCCAAGCUAAACUAAGAUAGCAACAGCUAGACGAGCUAGUUAGCUAAUGUAAAAGCAAGCCAGAUGACAAAUUAAAACCAAAUUUAAUUAGUAAAGAAAAUUAAGUCGAAAUUAGGAUGUAACUAAGACAUAUUGUGUAGUAUGAUUACAGGUAGCUCCAGAGUAGCUGGCUAGUAGCUACAAAAAACUAGCUAUAUAGCUAGCUUAAAUCAACUAGCAAUGCCUUGAUGAUCUAGUUAGCCAGUUUACUAGGACGCUGUAACACCAAAACAAAACCAUUUUUUUGUACAGUUACCAACAAAUAUCAAAAACCUAGCUUGGCGCUAGCUUAACAGGCUCAUUGCCAAAUUAGCUAACUAGCACGCCAAACUGAAAUUGUUGUUGGACUGGUAAUUAGUUAUUUUUAACUUAUGGUAAUUCACAUGUAUUAAAUAAGGAUAUUGGGAGGAAAAUGUCGAUUUCAUGUCAGUGAAGAAAUGUUUUACAGUUGAGGGUAAAAAUUGGUUGUCAGUGAAACAGGUGAUGUCGGGUAUAAAGCAGUGAUUCUGUGAUAUUUUAGGCCUUUGCACAAUGUGCCAUCUGAAAUUCUAAAACAUGCAUUUUUUUAGAUUAAUUCGUGACUGUGUUGUUUGACAGCGUAAAACUGCAAAUCCUGCAUCAAACCCAAACUUAUUUUAGCUGCCACAGUUUCAGAUGAAUUAGUGUAAAGCGACAUGAGCUGCUAUCAUGUUUUCCUCAUUUUGGUGACCUUUUUGCUCCUAAAAAAACCUUAAAGGACAGAAUCGGAGAUGAGCUCCAGCUGCCAGUUUGUUUCUCAGUCGCCUCUAACUGGAAGGAUUUUCUGAACUUCGUCUACAUUCCCAGAAGUUAAAGGGACAGCGAUGAAGUGCAGCAGAAAGUCGUGCUGAAAGUUCCAGCUCUCCAUGUAGCCUCAACAGUAUUUGAACUGCUGACUGUGUUGUUUUUAAAAUCUGCAUUAACUGGUUUUAUUUUGGAUGUUUUUUGGUGCUAGACGACGACAGUCUGUAGUAGUUUUGUGCUUUACUUAAGAGUCAAAGAUCCAGUUGUUCAAAGCCUCAAACUCAAGGAAACUCUAAUGUUGGUGAAUUAUUUCUAAAUGCUUCAUUGAACCACUUUCUGCUCACCACCCGACUUUACACUCCUUUAUUUGAAGGGUUUGGAAGUGGUCUGACACACUUUCUGUAGUUUUUUGGUUCAAAGUUUCAUGUUUUCCAGAAUGGUCUAACAUCCCUCUGUAACGCUGUAUCUUGGUUGUGGGUUACACCACUCUGACACUAAAAUCUAGACCAUAAAAUAUUACAGAAAUGAUAUAAAACUCAGUUCACAUUUCAGAUAUUUUAUGAUAUUUUACUAUAAUAAAAGCAGAGAAGAUAGUUUUACUCAUUAAAAAACAACAGCGGUUCUUCUAAACUUUAACUUAUUUGUAGUUUAUAAGCUGCUUAUAAUUCCGAGCUUUACUUUGAGUAAAUACACAACAUGUUUCUCAUAAAUAGACUGUAGACCCGUCCACACAGCAGGGGGCGCUGCAGAGGGAGGUUUAUCAGAAUUAACAGCGUGUGUUUGUGGCUUUGAAUAAACCUGUGAUCCAUUGCUGGUCCGUCGGUGGCGUCAGCUGUUACGUUUUGCGCUCCGGCGGUCGUGUUUCUGGUUGAUGCUGUUUGCUGACGGUAGCUGUUAGUCGUUUAACGGUGAAACGCUGUCAGUGGUCGUUACAUGCAUGAAGUACUGUAGUUCUGCUUCCGCCUAAAGCUGAGUGUUGUCUUUCUACGGCAGUGUUUCCCUCAUUCUGUCAGGUUUCAAGUCUAUACGUACGUCUCUGUUCUGACGGAUUCAUCACUUUUUUCCUGUCGUUGCUUUCAGUUCAUCUCUUGAAGCUUGAAAAUCGAACACCGUCAACUUUUAAAGUCCUGCAAACAGAAACACGGUUAUCAUGGAGGAAUGCUUCCAAAAACUCUUUAUUUUCUCAAAAUAUUUGGUCAUAAUAUCAAGCAGGAGAGACAGACGCCGAAUCUCAGCAUCCUUAAACACAGCCAAAGUAUUUUACAGUGUCUGACUGUAGAUUGUAGUUUUCUGUGCACAGCCAAGUAAUUCCAUCUUAAAUCAUCUAAUUUCAGAGUUUCUGCUCGACUGCCUUAGCCUAGCCGCGCUAGACAACCCAUGGCAACGAAUUUAAUUCUCUGCCAGGGUGGGUCUAGUUACCCUCCAUAAGCCUCGAGGUUGGAUUCUCCUAAAACUGGCCGGACCAAUCACCAUGAAGUGUAGAGUCAGAAGGCGGGCGUAACUAAGUGACGACAGAGGCGCGACGAUUCUGACAGAAACAACAGGAAACUACUAGCCUAGCCGCACUAGACAACCCACGGCAACGAAUUUAAUUCUCUGCCAGGUUCGACAACAAAAACGACAACAGUCGUUGAGCUCCAUUAGCACCGACUCUGAAUAAUCUUUCUGUUAACAUGUCUGUAAUAUACUUGAGCUUCACCCAUUGACUGUAUAAAUGAGGCUUCACCAAACUACCGCAUCCUCUGAUUUCCGGCGCUCUAGGAACUACGUCAGCCUAUUCGUUGCACUGAUUGGUUGUAUACCUACCCAGUUGCUGCAGAGUGAUUUGAAAGACAACCUUUUAGCCCGCCUCCCUCCCUGUUGAGAGUUCCUAGACCCUUGUGUCUUCAGACCUGGGUCUAGAGUGGCUAGGCUACGACUGCCUCUGAUUUGUCUGAAUUUUUAAAGCAGGAAAUAGGAUUUUCUUAUGAAGAUAUAUUUCAAAUUUUAGCUUAUACAUACCGAGAUAAAACAACUCGUCAAACCUCCUCAACUGGUUAUCAAAGUGUACUGAAAUUAGCUUUUUAUUUUUCAUUUUUGUGAACAAAUACUUCACUUUAUAAGUAGUCUUCAUGUUUAAUGUUGUAUUAUUGUGACCUGCAGCUACAUGGGGUUCAUAAAACAUCACUAGUUGACUCCUGAACUCUCAGUUCUUUUGUUAAUAUGAGCUCAAAAAUGACAACCUCAAAUUUUUUCACAUUUCACACCACAUCAAGACUAUCUGAUCCACUUGUCGAGUCUGACAAAAUUAAUGACAUUCAGGAAAAAAUCUGGUUUUUAUCUGCAGUAGUUUGUCAGAUAUUGUUGGUCAAAGAGCCUCAAAUUUCACAUGAGAAUAGAAGCCUGCUGAGAGUGGCUCAACGGGCAAAAGAAGUGAUAAAGGUGUUUAAAUAUCCAGAAUUUAAGAUAAAAACAUUUGAACACAUCAGGGAUGGUUGAGCAGAAGGAAUCUGAUGAUCUGGUGGAAUAACCCAGCUAUAAAAAUGACAUCUUUAGGACUUUGUGUUGGUUUUGCAUGAAGUCUGACUUUUCUACGAGUGGAUUUAAACAGAAAUGAACUGAAAUCAAUCCGAAAAGUGAUGCAGAACUAUAAAGUUUGCACAGUUUGUAGUUUUUCAGCCAAAAGAUGCUCAACCAGCAAACUUUUUUCUUCAGAAUUCAGAUCACUGAAAGCACAGACGAUCCUGCACACGAUCCCCUCCCUCACCUGGAUCAGUGACUGGACUUGAGAAGAAAAUAAGAGUCAAAAUAACCCUAAAAAUGCCACAUUUUCUUUGCUGCCAACCGCAGUCAACGUAUUUUAUUCUGUUUGUAAAAGGCCAAAGAAGGAUCAGGACAGGAAAACAUGGAAAUCAGCUGUCUGGUCUGGUUCUUCUGAGGACCUUCUGGUUGAUGGUCUGGUUCUUCUGAAGACCUUCUGGUUGAUGGUCUGGUUCUUCUGAAGACCUUCUGGUUGAUGGUCUGGUUCUUCUGAAGACCUUCUGGUUGAUGGUCUGGUUCUUCUGAAGACCUUCUGGUUGAUGGUCUGGUUCUUCUGAAGACCUUCUGGUUGAUGGUCUGGUUCUUCUGAGGACCUUCUGGUUGAUGGUCUGGUUUUUCUGAGGACCUUCUGGUUGAUGGUCUGGUUUUUCUGAGGACCUUCUGGUUGAUGGUCUGAUUCUUCUGAGGACCUUCUGGUUGAUGGUCUGGUUCUUCUGAGGACCUUCUGGUUGAUGGUCUGGUUCUUCUGAGGACCUUCUGGUUGAUGGUCUGGUUCUUCUGAGGACCUUCUGGUUGAUGGUCUGGUUCUUCUGAAGACCUUCUGGUUGAUGGUCUGGUUCUUCUGAAGACCUUCUGGUUGAUGGUCUGGUUCUUCUGAGGACCUUCUGGUUGAUGGUCCAUCCCUGCGGUGAAGAACGUGUCGCUGCCUCUCUCUGUUGUGUUUUCGUUGGAUGUUCUGCUUCGACGUGAACUUCUUCUGCUUCUCUGUGUCCGUCAUGCCUCCGUGGUGGCAGCGUCAGCUGUCGGCCUGCAGCCAAUCAGAGGCUGCGGUGGGCCGGUUGGCGUCGCCGUGGCCCCUCUGGUGUGUGUUCCUGUGUGUGCGUGUGUGUGUGCUGGUGCAGUGGUGGUUGUUCACCUCUAAUGCUCAUGUGCCUCUGGACGUCCUCCAGACCUUCUGUUGCUCUGCGACUCCAUAGAUGAUAUCUGUAUAUUUUUGAAGCUGUUUUUUGUUGUUUCCUUUAACUGUAAAUUGCACUAAUUGUCUUACAGAUGCUCUUAGACGUGACGUUCAGGUUAUUAUGAAUGUUGUCAUAACUAAAGCUAAAUAUAUAGUACAUAUAUAUAUAUAGAAAUAUGUUUAAAUAACUGAUUCUUACAUGUGUUCAAUCUGAAUAAACUAAAACCAUCUAAGAACUAAA